CAGCUGUCAUUUUGCAAUUUAGUCCUCAGCCUUCUCCCGACCGAACCCGAAGUCCCUCUGCGUGGUCGCUCUCUUCCUCCUUCCUCUCCGACCGGCCGGCACCACCGACGCCGUUUCCCUCCGCGCAGCUCCACGCUGCCUGCGCCUCCUCCCCCUCCCCCACAGUUCCUCUCCCUCCCCAGCGCCGGCGCCCUCUCCCUUGCGCGCGUUACCGGCGCUCUCUUCCUCUCGCAUGUCCCUCCGCAUCGGUAAAAAUCCGAUUUUCCCCCUCCGGCUCUUCGAUCUGCAGCGGUCGUGCUCAGUCUGCGGCGGAGAGUACCAAUACGGCGCGACAGAGCUACUUCUGCCGGUCGCCUGCACGGGGCUGCUGCUGCUUGUCGUCAGGUCUGACUACGACGUGGCUACGGCCCACGCAGCAGCGGCGGCGGGAUGGUGGCGGCGAGCUCCGACAUGUUCCUCCAUCCGCUCUAGGACUCCACCGCCAAGCACACCAACCUCAAGGCAUAUGAUGUGCACCCUUGGUCGCCCGGUCCGACGAACUGCUAACGAAACAACGCCCAACGUCAUGAGUGUGCUCACGUUCUGCAAUCAAGCAACCGCCCUUCUCCGUUCUCCUCCAGCAGCAGCAAAAGGUUAAACUUUGCAAUCGUUUUUUACGGUAAGGAAUCAACCCAUCACCCACAUGAAGUUAGCUAGCUGGGUGAUCCUGAUCCAAAUGAAUUAAAGGUGACCUCCUCAAAGUAGUCCAAAGAGAACCUUGCAAGUCCAAGAGAGAACCACCAUACUUGGCAAAAAUGGCAACAUCAAUGUCAAUCAACAGCAUCUAGGCAUUUGGACGAUAAAACAACAUCAAUAUCAAAGAAUUUGAAGAUGCCUCAAAGCAUAGUUUAGCAAGAAGAACACUGGAGGUAAAAACACAAGCAGGAAACACCGUGGUGUUUGUCUGAAUUUAUUUCCUGCACAUCAAUUUUUUUCUCAACGUCUGUAGAGGUUAUGCUUAUGCUAUUGAAUUUUAAAUUGAACGCAAUUAUCAUUUAGAUGCACAUUUGAGGGCCUGCAGUUGGUUAUUUGGUUGUCCCAAACUUGAGCAUCACUGUCUUCCGGUACCCUGUCUUUGAGCAUCACUGGGCCUCUGUGAUGGAUCACUGCAACGGUCUCCUGCUCCUCCAAAAAAGCUAUAACUAUUAUUGCGUGUGCAAUCCGGCGACGGUAAGGUGUGCCCGUCUGCCGUCCCCACCGUCGUCAGUAACGUAUUGCAAAGGCUUGUUCCUCGCUUUUGACCCAGCAGUGUCACGACACCAUGAGGUGUUGGUGUUCCCAGAAAUACUAACGCAGUUGCGCCAUCAGAAGGAGGUGGUCCGGCCAUCCAUGGUCGAAACAGAGGAAACGUGGAUGGAAAUCUCCCUGGAGCAGCUACGCUGGUCUUGUUUACUCGACGAAGAGCAACUAUCUGAAGACGAAGAAGAAACCGAAGUUCAGUAACAAGAGCAGCAUGCCCACAUGCUGGCGCCCGACGAGCCCAAAGAUGAUGUGUUGUCUUUACUGGUGUUUUCCUCCUGGAAUAACCACUGGGAGAGUCGAGAGUUUGUGCCCAGGAAUUGCACUCCCCAGCAUCUCAGCGACUUAUUGCCGGUGUCAAGAUACAAAGACUACACGAUUAUAUGGAAAUCAGCUAAGUAUUGGCGAGGAUCGCUCUAUGUGCAUUGCCACAACAACAUUCUUAUGAUCGUACGCAACUCACAAGAGAUGUAUGAUAUGGUCCAGCUGCCAGGGAAACCCUGCAACAAUGAAGAAGUCACCUUCGAGCAGGGCCUUCCCAUUAAGUCCAUCCUAGCGCGUUAUGAGAAAGGGAUUUAUUAUGUGGCAAUCGACAUGUUCCAGCUCCAGGUAUGGACAUUGUCAGAACCAGUUGACGGGUAUUUAGCAUGGACAUUGAUGCA